GGUCUACACCCACAUCCAUACGAUAAAACAUGUUUACUGAACUGUAUCAAUGUUUUCUGAGUUCCCGAAAAUUCUCGUUGAUAACGUUGACAGUUUCAUAAGCUUUACUGCGGCGCCUGCCCAAAUCGGCAAGGUCAGAAUAGACUUCAGCUCAUGACAGACAGCUAGGUGCUCAUGAGAUAUGUGGAUGCAAAUGCUUUGAUUGGUUGUUGAAUAGAGGAAAUCCCCUUUCCAAAAUGACCACCAGGCUGCUGUGCAGAUGGGCGCGAUGGUUUCCUCGUUGCUCUCAGGCUGCUGUGGCCUCAGCCCGACUACAGACUUCCACAGUUCACCAUACAGAGCCGUUGUGCAUGAUGUCCGUGUCUUGGAUCCGACCUUCUGCUAGGCAUCUCUGUCAGGGCAAUGAACUGGCCAGGAUGGAGGAGACACCAUUUCCAUAUGAAUGUACAGAACUAGUCAAACUUGUUGAAAAGGCAUCCACUCCACAGGAAGUGCUUCAGUUGUGGGCAGAGCAAGGCGGAUCUGCCAGCGAUGCUGCUAGGUGUCUGGUCCAGCUGAACCUGCGGAUCAUCGAGAAGGGCGGCGAAGGAAUUCUGCAGGAUCCGCGCUUUGAGAACAUGCUGGAGACUGUAAACUCUCAGGUGUCCUUAGUGUGGAAUGGAUCUCUGGUGGCUCUUCUGCGCACACUCACUAUGCUGGGUCUCCCUUCUGAUGCACCUGUACUCCACUCCAUCCAGAAUGAAGUGCUUUGGAGGAUCCGGCGCCUCAGCUACCGUCAGCUGGCCUACCUGGUGGACUGGAUAGCCUUUCAGCACAAAAGAGGGUAUGAAAAUGAAGUACUCACCAAAACAGUGCUGAAACAACUGGAGCUGCGCUGGACAGAGCUAAAUGACAGUCGUACCAUCACCAUUCUUAUGGGCCGUGCUUUGCUUUUCUCCCCCUCUCUUAUGGACAAACUGGAGGACAAAGCUCUGGAGUUGGCAGAGACUUUUAGCGCAGACGAUAUCCGGAGGGUGGCAUUAGCACUGGCCUCUCAUAACAGGAGGGCCGUUUCUUUGUUACGGGCUCUCUCAUACCACCUGAACCAAAAAGCCUCCUUUGAACUGAAAACACCAUUGCUGCUUGACAUCGCGUACACUUAUGGUAAGCUGAAUUUUCACCAGACACAGGUGCUUCAGAGAAUUGCGGCAGAGCUAUUGCCUAGGUUAUCAGAACUGAGUUCCUUCGACGUCACUCGCUGUGCCAAGUCUCUAGCCUUUCUCAAGUGGCUCAACCUGCCUCUGUUUGAAGGCUUUGCUCAGCACUAUGCAAAUAAUAGUGAAAGCUACAGCACUCUGCAGGUCUGUAAUCUCCUCAUGUCUUUUGCCAAACUCAACUUCCAACUUGGCAGAGGAGAGGAGUUUUACCAAAAGGUACACAAAGCUCUGGAAGGUUCCUUUCAGAGUUUAGAGCCCUUCCUGAAAACAGAUGUGGUCUGGUCGCUGUGUGUGCUGAACCAGGCCAAUCCUUACUACAUCUCCUCAGUUACAAAGCAUGACUUUCAGAAGAAACUUUCAGGUGGCAUUGUGGAUCGGACUGAGAACUAUCGGCUGAAAUUACUGCAUAUCUCUACUUUUGCUCAGCUGGAGCCUUUAGGAAUCACUAUAAAAUCCCCUGCUGUGGUGCUUCCAGCUCCCCAGGGGAAAGUGGAGACCAACACCCCUCUGCAGAGCAGCCUACACGCAGCCCUCCAGAGCCUGACCAACAGCCGGACACAGGCCCUCCGCACUGCUGUCAAAACUGUAUAUGGCUGGACAAUAGAUGGAGAACUUGUGGUAGAUUCAGAAAAUAAGCCUAUUGAUUUGGAGAACUUGAAAGCCCCUCAUUUACCUGGAGGCGGUGGACCUGAUGCAUUACCUGCAGGGGCACGACGAAUAGCAUUUGUGUCUUGGGACUUUCCUAACUUCUGUCUCAGGAGCAAGGAUCUUCUGGGUCGCUUUGCUAUGCAGAAACGCCACCUACAGCUGGCUGGGUUUAUAGUGGUGGAGGUGCCGUACUUUGAAUGGCUGGAGCUGAAGUCUGAUUGGAAAAAAGUGGCUUACUUGAAAGACAAAUUAGGGAAGGCAGUGGCUGAAGACAUGGCUAAGUGAGCUAUCAAGCCUGUCAAUAACUUUAAAUGCUUUUGACACAGGCAGCUUAUAGACAUCAACAGGGCCAGACAAUACAAGACAGGUGAAGGAAGGAUACAGAUAUUGAGUACAACACACACACAGCAUCCUCAAGUUCCAUGAUCCACCUAAACAUCAGAGUGGAAAUCAAAUGUGACUGGGAGCUGUGAUCCAUCUCUGCAGGAACAGAAAGCGGAGCCUCCAGAAAUCAGCGGAUGCUCGGAAACAGAGUCGUGUAUCCGCUGAGCCAAAGAGCUAGGCAUAUGUUGUGAAAUGAAAGUGAAAUGAAAGACUGAUCUGAAGGGCAUAAGCAAUGUUCGCCACAGGGCAAACAACUCUGCAUCAACCACACUAAAUUAUUAGAGUUUUUUAUGAAUCCUCCACAUCUUCAAAAACAACUGGCCAUUCACACUGUCUGCUUCUUUUAAUAAAUACAUACACCUUCCGUUUUUGAUGUGGUUGCCUAGACAACACAUGGGGCUUUCCUUGUUCCCAAGGAGACAGUUGUUAGGAUGGAAAAUUUGUGGAGAAAAGGACUAAGUUCUGUACUUAAAGAUACUUUAAUUACACUUAGACAGCACCACUAUAUUAUUGCUGAUUAAUAAAAAAGAAAAAGUUGAAAGAUACCAAUUCUAUUUGCCUCACCUGAUAUAUGUACAUUUGCAAAUAUGUUUGUGAUUUAAAUAUAUUUAAAACAUGGUAGUAUGUAAGAAUACAUAUUGGAUGACAAUUUUUGCCUAAAAUAUUUAUUUUGGAAAGGCCAUCAUUGCACUCUGGUAUAUUUAGACCUAGUUGCAACUUGCAGACCUGUUAUUUGCUGUCAGGUAAGCCUGAAGUUAUGUUCUCUGGUCAGUCUAAGUGGACCUUUCUCUUGAAAGAUUUUGUGCAGAGAAUGGAUGUUUCCACUAAGACUUUCACCUCAAGCACCUCGGUGUUUGCAAUGUGUAGUGUAUCAAUAAAACUAAUCUCGUAUUUUUAUCAAAGAGCAUAUCAUGACUCAUUGUUGUAUUAUGCCGAACGUGGUGUGCUAAUGUUGGCUGGCUCUCUGUAGUCAUGCUGUGAUGUUCAAUGUCUCAAAAUGUUUUGUGUAAUGAGCAUAACAUUCUGAUGAAAUGUGAAAUUGGUCUUAAUGUAUUUUUGUAUCAUUUACGAUGAUUUAAGAUUUCAUCAACAGACACUGAGGUUUGGUUUGCUGUGGUGCUAAGCAAACGUCUUGAUAUGGAUGUGAAUCUAAUAAACGUGUUUUUAACAAUGAGCUGACUAUCAAUUAACAAUAAAAUUGUCUGAUGUUUGCUCAGA